AUGGCCCCGGGGGAGCUGCUGACCUCCGGCCCCGCGCCCCCCGCGCAGGGCCGGGCCCCACUCUGGCUGCGCGCCCACGUGGGCGGCCUGCUCUUCAGCCUGGGCUGCGCGAUCCAGCGGCACUGUGGCAAAGUGCUCUUCGUGGGGCUGCUGGCCUUCGGGGCCCUUGCGCUGGGCCUGCGUGGGGCUGCCGUGGAGACAGAUCUGGAGCGCCUCUGGGUGGAAGUGGGCAGCCGAGUGAGCCAGGAGCUACGUUACACAAAGGAGAAGCUUGGGGAAGAGGCUGUGUAUACUUCCCAGACCCUGAUCCAGACUGCCCGUGGAGCCAGCCAGACUGUCCUCACACCUGAGGCUCUGGGACUGCACCUUCAGGCCGCCUUGGCAGCUAGCAAAGUCCAAGUUUCCCUCUAUGGAAAGUCCUGGGAUCUGAACAAAAUCUGCUACAAGGCAGGAGUCCCUGUCAUUGAGAAUGGGAUGAUUGAGCGGAUGAUUGAGAAGCUGUUUCCCUGUGUGAUCCUCACUCCACUGGACUGCUUUUGGGAGGGAGCCAAACUUCAAGGGGGUUCUGCGUAUCUACCGGGCCGACCUGAUAUUCAAUGGACCAACCUGGACCCUGAGCAACUUCUGGAAGAGUUAGGCCCUUUUGCCUCCCUUGAGGGCUUCCGGGAGCUCCUGGACAAGGCCCAGGUGGGCCAGGCCUAUGUCGGGCGGCCCUGCUUGCACCCUGAUGACCCCCACUGCCCAGCCAGUGCCCCUAAUCACCAUAGCAGGCAGGUCCCAGACAUUGCCCGGGAGCUGAGUGGGGGCUGCCACGGCUUCUCACGCAAGUUCAUGCACUGGCAGGAGGAGCUGCUGCUGGGCAGCCCGGUGAGGAGCCCUCAGGGCCGGCUGCUCAGUGCGGAAGCCCUACAGAGCACCUUCCUGCUCAUGAGCCCUCGGCAGCUCUAUGACCAUUACCGAGGAGACUAUGAGACCCAUGAUAUCAGCUGGAGUGAGGCCCAGGCAAGCGCUGUGCUCCAGGCCUGGCAGAGGCGCUUUGUGGAGCUGGCACAGCAAUCAGUGCCCCAGAAUGCAUCUCAGCAGAUCCAUGCCUUCUCUGCCACCACCCUGGAUGACCUCCUACGUUCCUUCUCUGACAUCAGCGCAGUCCGUGUAGCUGGUGGCUACCUUCUCAUGCUGGCCUACGCCUGUGUGACCAUGCUCCGUUGGGAUUGCUCCAAGUCCCAGGGGGCUGUUGGCCUGGCUGGAGUCCUGCUGGUUGCCCUGUCUGUGGCCUCUGGCCUUGGCCUCUGCUCACUGUUGGGUAUGACCUUCAAUGCUGCUACAACCCAGGUGCUUCCAUUCCUGGCCUUGGGCAUUGGGGUGGAUGACAUGUUUCUGCUGGCUCAUGCCUUCACUGAGGCACCAUCUGGCAUCCCGCUGCAGGAGCGAACGGGCGAGUGUCUGCAGCGCAUGGGCACCAGCGUAGCGCUCACCUCUGUCAACAACCUGGUCGCCUUCUUCAUGGCUGCCCUGGUCCCCAUCCCUGCCCUUCGUGCCUUCUCCCUACAGGCUGCAGUGGUGGUCAGCUGUAAUUUCACUGCCGUCCUGCUCAUCUUCCCAGCCAUCCUCAGCUUGGAUCUGCAUCGGCGGCAUCGGCAGCGGCUAGAUGUGCUCUGCUGCUUCUCCAGCCCCUGCUCUUCCCGGGUGAUUCAGAUCCAGCCCCAGGAGCUAGGGGAGGUCCAGAUGCCCAGAAGUGGGGCUCAUCUGACAGCUACAGUUCAGGCCUUUGCCCGCUGCGAUACUGCCGGCCAACACGUGGUCACCAUCCUGCCCCCCACGACACACCUGGCACCUCUCCCCACCGAGCCUCUGGGCUCCCAACUCUUUGGCCCCAUGGGUUCAACAAGAGACUUGCUGGGCCAGGUGGCUGGGACAGGACGGGGGCAGGUGUGCCGGCCGCUGCCCUGUGCCCGCUGGAAUCUGUCUCGAUUUGCGCGAUGUCAGUACGCACCCCUGCUGCUGCAGCCACGAACCAAGGGCCUGGUUCUGGUACUGUUCGGGGCCCUACUGGGACUGAGCCUGUAUGGAGCCACCUGGGUGCAGGAUGGGCUGACCCUGACAGAUGUUGUGCCCCGGGGCACCAAGGAGUAUGACUUCCUAGCUGCCCAGAUCAAGUACUUCUCCCUGUACGAGGUGGCCCUUGUGACCCAGGGUGGUUUUGACUAUGCCCACUCCCAGCGGGCCUUGCUGGACCUGCACAGCCGCUUCAGUGCCCUCAAGUCCGUGCUGGCACCACAGCCUCCUCGAAGUUGGCUGCAUCGCUACAGCGCCUGGCUCCAGGGAAUCCAGACUGCUUUUGACGAGGACUGGGCAGCUGGUCGCAUCACACGUCACUCAUGCCGCAACGGUUCUGAGGAUGGUGCCCUGGCCUACAGGCUGCUUAUCCAGACGGGAGAUGCCAAGGAGCCUUUGGACUAUGGCCAGCUGGACAAGCGGAAGCUCGUGGAUGCAGACGGCCUCAUCCUGCCUGAACUCUUCUACGUUGGGCUGACUGUAUGGGUGAGCAGAGACCCCUUGGGCCUGGCUGCCUCCCAAGCCAACUUCUAUCCUCCUCCCCCCGAAUGGCUUCACGACAAAUAUGACAGCACAGGAGAGAGUUUGCACAUCCCUGCAGCCCCGCCCCUGGAGUUUGCCCAAUUCCCCUUCCUGCUGAGUGGACUCCGACAGACGGAGGACUUUGUAGAGGCCAUCGAGGGGGCCCGGGCCGCCUGUGAAGAGGCGAGCCAGUCUGGGAUCCGAGCCUACCCCAGUGGCUCCCCCUUCCUCUUCUGGGAACAGUACCUAGGCCUUCGUCGCUGCUUCCUGCUGGCCGUCUGUGUGCUGCUGGCCUGCACCUUCGUGGUCUGUGCCUUGCUGCUGCUCAGCCCCUGGACAGCUGGCCUCAUUGUGCUGGUGCUGGCCAUGAUGACUGUGGAAUUAUUUGGUAUCAUGGGUUUCCUGGGCAUCAAACUAAGUGCCAUCCCUGUGGUAAUUCUCGUGGCUUCUGUGGGCAUUGGCGUUGAGUUCACGGCUCAUGUGGCUCUGGGCUUUCUGACAGCCACAGGCAGCCGGGAUGUGCGUUCGGCCCAGGCCUUAGAGCACAUGUUUGCGCCGGUGAUGGAUGGGGCCGUAUCCACGCUGCUGGGCCUGCUCAUGCUGGCCGGUUCAGACUUUGACUUUAUUGUAAGGUACUUCUUUGUGGUGCUGACGGUUCUGACAGGCCUGGGUCUACUUCACGGGCUUGUUCUGCUUCCUGUGCUGCUGUCCAUUCUGGGACCUCCACCCCAGGUAUCUCUGUCAGAUGGAGGCAGCCACCUGUCCCGCCCUGAUCCAGUAUCACUGCCCCUCAGUUCUCCUCACUUCUUCCUGGGCCCAAGCCCAGCCUUCAGGGGUCCUGAGACAGGAGCAGGGGAUGCCCCCAGCACCUUCAUCCUGCCCCCAGCCCACUCCCGUAUCUUGGUGGAGGCCAGCAAGGACCCCAGCUUCCCAACCAUCACGGUGGUACAGACGUACAAGGACAGCCCUCCUGGCCCUGGCCUCCCCUCCCUCACAGCCACAGCAGGAAGUGAGGCCUGCUGGGGGCCACAUGCAAGCCCGGGCACCUUUACCACUCUGACAGCCUCAGUCACUGUGGCCCUGCACCCACCGCCACUGCCAGGCAGCUAUGUCCAGGAGGUCUCGGAGGAACCCAGGCACCCUAUGGCCACAGAGCCCAAGGGACCUGGCCCCCGCUGCUAGGGUGGACCUGGUAGCAUCUAUGCAAAGCAGCUUCGAUGCUGUAGUAUCACCUGCCUCCAAGGGAGGAGUGUGUGUGUGUGUGUCUGUGUGUGUGUGUGUGUGUGUGAGUGUGUAUGCCCA